GCAGAUGAACCCAUCGAACAGGAAGACUUAGUCAUAUUUCGAUUGUGUGAAGACGACCUGGACAAGUGAACUGUGACAUGUCGAUAUACAGUGGUGCUGCGACGUAGUAAAUAAGGAAGUAUUUCACCAUCCACAGACAUUAUACUUGGCUGACGGGCGUGUACAGGGCUUACAAUGACACAAGAUCGAGUGUUUCUAUUUUUAGAAUUUCACUGUCAAACGUCGAAUUCGAAGAACUGGGACCAGUUGUAGCAUUUUGUUGUCGUCUUAGUUCCGAUACAACCCAAGCUGAACUAUCGACAUGGCCGAGGCGGCACCUACCCCCGAAACUACAGCAGACUACCCACGGAGCAGAUCCUAGCUACUCUGUACGGCCAGGCUGUUGGGGAUGCCAUCGGGCUGUUGACAGAGUUCCUCACAAAGCGAGAAGCAGGGGUGUAUUACGGUAAGGUGUCGAAGCAGCUGGAGCUGGAACACAAACAAAUAUGUCCAGACAUGCACAGGACCCGGUGGGAGGAGGGAGACUGGACAGAUGACACUGAUCAGAUGAUACUCAUCCUGCAGUCCCUUACAGACAAUGAGGGACAGGUAAAACCGGUCAACUUUGCCGGGAAGUUAAAGAAAUGGUCCAGUUUUGGCUUCCAAGAGCUGUCCGAUAUUGGUGGUAUGGGCAUCGGCGGAACCACCUGUGAGGUCAUCAACAAUCUCGACUAUCCUAAAGAGGCGCAUGCUGUGGCGCAGCGUGUGUGGGUGCAACGUGGUAAAGACAUCGCUCCUAACGGCGCCGUCAUGAGGACGUCAAUUCUAGGGAUACACCAGUAUUGGGACACUGACGCCGUGGCUGACAACGCCAUUGCUAUAUGUAAGACGACCCAUUACGAUCCAAGGUGUCAGGCGUCAACUGUCGCCGUGUCCGCAGCCAUCAGUAUGAUGUUGAAGAGAGAACCACAACACCUAAAGAAGAGCGGCAAGUACAACGUUCAGCAGAUCAUCGAAGACUGCUUCCAGAUUGCUUCCAAGUGCCUGGAGACCGAUGACGAGAAGCAAGUGCUGAAGACGUAUCUGGAGUGUGAGAAAAUCAAAAACCUGAACCUGGACGAAAGCAGAAAGAUCGGCUACACCUACAAGUGUAUGGGCUGCGGGUUCUGGGCUCUGAAGCAGAAGGACUUCAGGAAGGCACUGCAGACAAUCGUUAUGGAGGGAGGAGAUGCUGACACCAAUGGUGCUGUAGCCGGAGCUCUCCUUGGCUGUAAGUUAGGAAUGUCUGCACUUCCGGUGUCAUGGGUGUCGAAACUGAAGCACAAAGCCUGGCUGGAUGAGAAAAUCGAAAAGUACCUGAAAGUAUUGCUGAAUAUGAAAGGUCAAUUACCUGGAGACAACAGCACAGCACAACAACCACCUGUUGCCACAACAAGCUGAUUUCUAGUACUUACCCUCGGCUCUCAUCUGAGGCCAGUGUUCUGAACGGUACUUCGCAUUGUUUAUUCCUAAAUGUAAUACUCAUUUAAGUUGAAGGAUUUUCCCCCUUUAACUUUAUGACGACAGAUCGACCGACGAGUCUGUGAGGUUUACCUAGUAUUCAUCCUAAACUUAGACAGCUUAUUAACCUGGGCCAACAUUUUCGAAGCUUUCGUAAAUGCUAUUCAUUAACUUACGACUAUCUUAGCGCUAAGAGAGCUUCGAAAAUCUAGGUCCUGGUGGGGACAGACCGUAGGUAAUGUCUCGUACGCCUUCUACAUUCCCGUUGUAAUUGUAGGUUGAUAUUAUGUAUGUGUAACAUAUUAUAUAUGUUACUUAAGUUAUUUUUUUGUUGUGGUUAAAAUUUUGAUUAGAUAAUGGAUGUAUGUUUAUCUAGUUAGAUUAUUGUAAUAAUUUAUGUAUUCUUGAUGUACACCACGUUCUUUGUUAUUUUUUUAUCCUUUUGUUAUCUUGACGUUGUGAUUUCAGGGAUGUUGGAUAAACUCAUUUGCAAUUUUUUAAUUUUUGUGAUCUUUAAAUAUUUUAUUAUUUUAUACAAGUUCUUCCAUGCUGUAUGUGUGUGUAAACGGUUUUAUAUGCCAAAAGUGAAUGUCGAAGAGGUGACAACCGCUUUUUAUGUUUUUUAAUUUUUGUUUAAAACUUAUUUUUCGAAGUAAAUUAUGACAGCUUGGAGUUUUGUCUGUGAUACAUCACUAGAAUAUUACAAUUAACAUGCUUUCUUUGAA